AUGACCAUAGAACAACUUUCCACGGACGCCAAAGAUUACUCACCCGCGGAAACAAAAAUCUCAAAUGUCGAACACGAGAUCGCAGUUAGUUCACCAUCAAUCUCAAAUUUCCACACUCCACUCGCUUCAUCCCCUAAAACACAACUAGGCGUUGUCGGAAAAGACCGAGUGCCUUGUCUCACUCGAUCCCCUGUGUUCCGUGUAGAUGUGGUCUCCGCACGACACGAGGUAUCCAUCGGCACAGAAUCCGACCAAGCGAUGAGUCCAGACAAUCACUCCGUCGCGGACUCCUUAUUGCCAACUUCUCCGCGAGUCGAUCUGUUCCACGACGGGCUGGACGACCUGUUGGACGCAGCACGUUGCGUCCGAGCGGAAACACAGUUACAAGAAGCGGAAACCGUUGUGGACGCGUUGAUUGCCAAAUUUGCUGAGCCUCUCGACUUGUACACAGCGUGGGAAAAUUUGUAUCGAUCCAGCCCCAUGCCGAUGAUGCAUGACCAGGAUGAGGAUGUGGAAUAUGGGAGCACAUCAACAAAACCGGUUCAAACUCCCACGUUCUCACCUAUUCUAUCCUUGUUGAUGGCACAGUCCGGGGCCAAAAUCUUUCCACAAUUAUGUCAGCCAAGUUCAACUGGGAAGAAAUUAUUGGAAUUGUGUAAACAACUUGCCGGAGAUAUACGUCGAUUGAAACGCAAAGUAAGUCUACUUCAAACCCCUAAUCGGUGUUCUUUUUGUUCCAUAAAUCCGAAGUUGUAUAAUCCAUUUUGA